CAUUAUUUUUAUAAUUGAAUAAACAAUUUAAUUGAUAUCAAAUCAAAUUGAUUAAAACAAGUUAGUAAACAAAUAUUAUGGUAUUGAAUGGUAGGAAAAUUGUAAGAUGGACCAAUUCUAACAGUAAUCGAGUUUUUAUUUGACAUGAAUGUAAAAAUAAUUUAACGGAUGUAAAAAAACGGCGUUAUAUUUUUGGUGAUGAGAAAAAGACAUGAUAGAUAGAAGAGAAGAGAAGGAAGAAAGAAAGAUGAAGCUGAAAGUGUAUGCAGACCGUAUGUCCCAGCCAUCUCGUGCCAUUCUUAUCUUUUGCAAAGUGAAUGGAAUAGAUUUUGAAGAGAUCCAUAUCGAACUCUCCAAACGUCAGCAAUUAUCUCCUGAAUUUCAAGCCAUUAACCCUUUCAAGAAAGUCCCUGCUAUUGUCGAUGGAAGGUUCAACCUAUUCGAGAGUCAUGCAAUUCUUAUCUAUAUUGCUUCUGCAUUUCCUGGAGUUGCAGACCAUUGGUACCCAGCUGAUGUUUCCAGGAAAGCUAAAAUUCACGCAGUCUUAGAUUGGCAUCACCUCAAUUUGCGCCGUGGAGCAGCCGGGUUUGUUCUAAAUACUGUACUAGCUCCAUUAUUGGGUCUACCACUAAACAAAGAAGCAGCUGCUGAAGCCGAGAAAGUUUUGACAUCAUCUCUGUCCACAAUAGAGAACAUUUGGCUUAAGGGUGACGGACAAUACUUGCUUGGUGGUUUCCGCCCUUCCAUAGCAGAUCUAAGUCUGGUCUGCGAAAUUAUGCAAUUACAGCUUUUAGAUGAGAAGGAGCAUGAUCGUAUUCUUGACCCGCACAAGAAAGUUCAGACGUGGAUUGCGAGCACAAGAAAUGCAACGAAACCACAUUUUGAUGAAGUUCAUAACGUCCUCUAUAAGCUCAAACUGAGGCUUUCAUUGAAGCAAUCUAGUCAGGCAGAUGGGGAAAGGAAAUCUGGGAUUAAAGGCCCCAUAAUUUCAAAGAUGUGACCAACCAACCAUGCCAGUAACAUACAUGUGACAGCUUCAUGCGACCAAUUUGCAUUGUCUUAGAUUAUAUACAUUGUUGGUUGCAAUUGUCAGGUUUGAAUCUUCGAAGAAGAAGUUUAUGUAUGUCUAUAUUGUGAACAAUUACUUAGAUUGCUAAGCUUGGCAGAUAAUAAGUUUCACUGCGAUUCAAAGAUCCAUGAAUCAAGUUCAAGUCCUAAGUGCUGAUUUGGCAUUACAUAUGUUAGUAUGUCUGUCCUUGAAACUUGUCUUGUAAAAUAAUUCAGAGGAGAUGGUAUUUUGCUGUAGUAUUUAGCCUUUAAGAAAUGACAAUAUAAAUUAGUAUGCACGGGCUUGUCAUUCAACACAUCAUUGGAUGAUAAUUGCACCAACACAAUCGAAUUUUAAUUCAUAUAGAUUCGUUGAGAAA